UUACGUGGUGUUGUCAAGAAAUGUCACAAAACGUAUACAAUGGAAAUACCAUUAGUUACAUAGAUGUUUUUACUAUUAAAAAUAUCGGAUAGAAAUUUAUUCAAUGAACAGCAUAUUUUGAAAUUGUCAAUGUGAUAUUUAUAUUUGACUGAUAAAUUAAUUUAACGAUGAGUGUUGAUAGUGAAAAUAAGUCAAAUGAAACUAUUGUUUCAUUUACAUCAUCGUCGGAUCAAGAGAAUACGGAUAAUGGAAAUAUUGAAGAAACUCUUAUAACCCCAGAAAUGGUGCUACAUCUGCCUACAAUUACUGAUAAAUACCUAUGCUCUCCUGAGGCAAAUAUUUAUGAUAUUGAUUUCACAAGAUUUCAAAUUAGGGAUUUAGAAACAGGAGCAAUAUUAUUUGAAAUAACAAAACCACCAGCUACUGAAUCUGAUAUGAAUCAAGAUGUUGAACCAGAUUGUGAAGAAUCUGGUUGUGAAGAUGCUAACACUGGCCGCUUUGUACGUUACCAAUUCACACCUCAGUUUCUUAAACUAAAAACUGUUGGUGCUACCAUUGAGUUUCUUGUUGGUUCUAAACCAGUGAAUAACUUUCGCAUGAUAGAACGUCAUUUCUUUCGGGACAGAUUGUUAAAAACUUUCGACUUUCAGUUUGGAUUCUGUAUACCAAAUAGUAAGAAUACUUGUGAACAUAUUUAUGAAUUCCCAACCUUGCCUGCUGAUCUGGUCUCCGAAAUGAUUGCAAAUCCGUUUGAAACUCGUUCAGAUUCCUUUUAUUUUGUGGACAAUCAAUUGGUAAUGCAUAAUAAAGCAGAUUAUGCAUACAAUGGUGGACACACACAUGAUGUACUUUAGUAGGUGUAAUUAAUAGAAAAUUUGCACAUUGGAAAAAUGAAUGUGAUAAUAGUAGCAAAUAUUUAGCUUUCUUUUUAACUUAUAUUUUCAAUUUCUUUAAAUAUUUACAUUAAUGUUUGAUUUCAACAAUUGCAUCACGUACAAUUUUUUCAAUGCUUUUAAUGCAUUUACUUAUUUCAUUAAACGUUUCUGUGUUAAACAAUGAAAUAUCUUACAAAAGUUUUACACUUUGAGUAGUAAAAUAUGGCCUUAUAAAUGGGAGGCAUGAAAUAUGUAUUUUUCAUGGAGACAACAGAUAAAAAAGACUAAAAAAGUAUUAAAGUUUUUAAACACAGAAAACACAAUUUGUUCACACUGUGUAUAGUUAUAUUUUCUUUUGCUAUUUCUUUCUUAUUUUGUAUAUGUACUGUUAAACAUUUCACAAAUAUAUAUGUAUAUAUAUUUACAAAAA